AAGAAGAGAGCGAUCAACUCAAUUCAUGUUUCUGUUUUUCUGUCUUUUCCUCUUUCUAUCCUAUCCUGCUCAAUGAACGAGUGAAAAUGGCUACUAAUUCUUUAGUGAGGAGUCUCGUUAUCUGCUGCAAUCAAAGAUCAUUCCUUUAUCACUUCCCCAUUCUUCUUCCUCCCUGCCUCACCCAUCAUCGCCACCCUUAUCAAUGACUGUUAUCAUUAAGCUAUUCUUCUACUCAAUUUGUCCAAGAAUCGACGGAAGGGGACUUCGCAGAGGUUAGGAGUAGGCUCAACGUUGUGAACAUUCUCGAAGAAAGAGGCCUUCUGGAGUCCCUCACCAGCGAUUUAUUAAGAUCCGUCUGUUCUAAUCCCAGCUUCCAUGCCCUUAGGGUCUACUGUGGGUUCGACCCAACUGCCGAGAGUCUCCAUUUGGGCAACCUCCUUGGUAUAAUAGUGCUUUCUUGGUUCCUCCGACGUGGGCAUAAGGUUGUUGCUCUUAUCGAUGGUGCAACAGGUUGGGUUGGUGAUCCCUCCGGCAAAAGCGUCGAGCGGCCUGAGCUCGACCUUCUCGCAUUGGAGGGGAAUGUUUCUGGGAUUUCGACUACUAUUAGUCGGAUUCUGGGUCGGAAUCACGAAGCUAAGUGUUUCACUACUUUGAAUAAUUACGACUGAUGGAAGGAUGUUAAGCUUCUAGAUUUUCUCGAGGUAGGUAGAUUUGUGAGGAUGGGUGUGAUGAUGUCAAAAGAAAGCGUACGGAAGAGGCUCAAAUCGGAGCAGGGAAUGAGUUACAUUGAGUUCACUUACCAGUUACUGUAGGGCUAUGAUUUUCUUCGCCUUUUUCGAGACGAAGAUGUUAAUGUUCAAAUUGGAGGGAAUUGUCAAUGGGGCAAUAUUACUGCAGGAACGGACCUUAUUCGUCGAUUUCUACAGGCAGGCUACUGAGGCCUUAAGACCGGGGGCAGAAGCCAAAUUCGAUUGGAGGAUCAUCGAGGCUAUUGCUGAGGAUGCUCCUUCCUGCUUCUUGCGUUCAACUCCAAUGCUAACACCAUUGCACAAUUUUUUGCAGAAAGUUCAUGCUGAAGAAGAGAAAUUUAGAAAAUCAAUCAAUCUACAAUGGAUUUGAGUGCAGGAUACAUGUCCCAUGAGCAUCAAGAACAAUUUCGAUCAGCUUCAGAGAGUGCAGAUCCAUCUUCUGUAUCUGCAUUGCAAAUCUCCACUUCACCAAAGUCGCCUAAAUCACCCCGAUCCCCGAGACCUCAACAGGGAAAGCAUAGUUCAAGCCCGGGGAGUCCACUCAAAAAUCAAAGACAUUCGCAUUCCAAGAGAGAUGGUCGUCCAAAGAAAGAUGGUUGUGGAGGAAAAGGAACCUGGGGAGGGCUACUUGAAACAGACGAUGAUUGCGUCCUAGACCUUAAUGAUCCAAACUACAGCAGCAAUGAGGAGGACAAGAAUUAUAUUGCUAAGAAGAAAAAUUCGGAAUUUGAAGAUUACAAAAGGAAGGCUAUAAUUAUAGUCGAGGAAUAUUUUGCCAAUGAUGAUGCUAUCUCGACUGCCAAUGAGUUAAUAGAACUUGAAAUGUCGAGCUAUAACUAUUAUUUUGUCAAGAAGCUUGUUUCUGUUGCUAUGGACAGGCAUGACAAAGAAAAAGAAAUGGCUGCAGUUUUGUUAUCUUCACUUUAUGGAAAUGUGAUUGAUCCUUCCCAAGUUUAUAAAGGGUUUCAGAAGCUCUUGGAGUCUACUGAUGAUUUGAUUGUAGACAUACCAAAUGCAGUUGAUAUUCUUGCAUUAUUUAUUGCUCGAGCGGUGGUUGAUGACAUACUUCCUCCCUCGUUCUUGACAAAAGCAAUGGCUUGUUUCAGUAAGGACUCGAAGGGGAUCGAUGUCAUCAGAAGUGCUGAAAAGUGCUAUUUGUCGGCUCCUUUACAUGUAGAAGCCAUUGAGAGGCGUUGGGCAGGUGGCAAGAACAAAACGGUUGAAGAAUUAAAGGGUAAGAUUAAUAACCUAUUGAUCGAGUAUGUAGUGAGUGGCGAUGUAAACGAGGCAUGUAGAUGCAUCAAGGAUCUAAAUGUUCCUUACUUCCACCACGAGAUUGUCAAGCGUGCUGUCAUAAUGGCAAUGGAAAAAAGAAAAGCCGAAAAUUGCCUUCUAGACUUGCUGAAGGGAGCCGCUGAAGAAGGUCUUAUUAAUUCAAGUCAAAUAUCACAGGGAUUUGGCCGAAUUAUCGACUUUGUUGAUGACUUAUCUCUAGAUAUACCAAAUGCAAAGGUGAUAUUACAGUCUUUGAUCUCGAAAGCAGCAUCAGAAGGGUGGUUGUGUGCCUCAUCUUUGAAGUCACUGUCAUUCCAGCCCAAGAAUCAAGCCGUUGAAGACAGUACGAUUAAAUCCUUCAAGAUAAAGGCUCAGUCGAUAAUUAAGGAGUACUUUUUGUCUGGUGACAUUUCUGAGGUAAGCCAUUGUUUAGAAUCCGAGAAAGUUUCCUCUAUGGCCGAACUAAACGCAAUAUUUGUGAAGAAACUGAUUACUUUGGCCAUGGACAGAAAAAAUCGAGAGAAGGAAAUGGCUUCUGUUUUGUUAUUAUCGUUAUGCUUCCCAACGGAUUAUGUGGUUAACGGAUUUAUUAUGUUACUAGAAUCAGCCGAAGACACUGCUCUCGAUAUCCCUGGUGUAGUUGAGGAUCUAGCAAUGUUUUUGGCAAGGGCAGUGGUGGAUGAAGUAUUGACUCCACAACAGUUAGAUGAGAUUGGGAGUGAGUUUUCGGGGUCAGAUACAAUAGGAAACAGAGUUACUCGAACGGCAACCUCCUUGCUGAAAGCUCGACUUUCUGGGGAGAGGAUAUUAAGGUGUUGGGGCGGUGGUGGAAGCUGCACCAAUGGACGAACAAUUGAAGACGUGAAGGACAAAAUUGGAAAGAUAUUACAGGAGUUCGAGUCUGGUGGGGAGACGAGAGAAGCUUAUCUUUGCAUAAAAGAGCUCGGAAUGCCAUUUUUUCACCACGAGGUUAUAAAGAAAUCGUUGGUAACAAUUAUGGAGAAUAAGAACGAGAGAUUAUGGGGUUUACUUCGAGAGUGUUUUAGCAUGGGACUGAUAACAGAGAAUCAAAUGUUCAAUGGUUUUACGCGAGUGGCAGAGUCUCUCGAUGACUUGAAGUGUGUAGAAUUGAAAGCUAAAGAAAAAGUAAAAUUUAAUAGAUUGCGCAGUGUUCUUUCAUAA